CUCCAAACGGGCAAAAUGUUUCAAUCAUUCACAAAAAACCCUCCAACCAAACGGAGAACAACCAAUUAAUCCAGACAUGGGAGUACUAAUAAGAACGCUUCCUCUGAGCUCUCCGCAUAGAAAUUUUGCUUCUAAUUUUGGAGCUGCAGAGAGAUUGCCAAACAGUAAAUUCAUCAGCAGGAGCUCCCCCUCUCAGUUUAGAGUGCUGGCCAAAACAGAGAAGGGGGAGAAGGAGGAAGAACCAAAGAAGGAAACCAAACAGUCUUUCUUCAGCAGUGUGACAGAAGCACUUGAUUUUUCUCAGACCAGGUCUGCAGAGGAUGCUGUGCUUAUUGAAGAAGCUAGGGAUGCCACUAAAUCUGGAGAGAGAAUGUCCAGACAACAGUAUGGGGCUUUGAGAAGGAAAAUUGGAGGGACAUACAAGGAUUUCUUCAAAGACUAUGUUGAGGUGGAUGGGCAAUAUGUGGAGGAUGGCUGGGUGGACAAGACGUGCAAGGUUUGCAAGAAAGACACGGGUGGCGAGGCCAGGCAAGUGGACAAGCUUGGAAGAUAUGUUCAUGUGGCCUGUUUGGAGAAAUCAAAAUCCGGCAACUUUUUCACCAGACUUUUCUCCGGAUGAUUUGUCAAGGGAUAAUUAGGCUCAGCACUUUGCUCUGUACAUCUCAGAGAUAUGCCAGAGAACGCCGAAACUGGCGAUGUGGUGUCGUUUUCAUAUACAAAAAUAUAUUAUUUCAGUGCUGGAUAUAUAGAAGAUUUGAGGACUUCUGUUUCAAUUUGUUUAA